CUCUCUCUCUCUCUCUCUCUCUCUCUCUCUUUCUCUCUCUCAAUCGAUCGAUCUUCUCCGCUAGGUUUUGUCCUGAAUUCUCUUCAUCGAUCGUGUCGGAAGCAAACAUGGGUCAUCGUUUAAGGUCGACAAUGGCGCAUGGGAAACCCAAAUUUCAGACGAAGGCACAAAAGGCAGCUUUCCAGAGGAGAGUUCAGACACUGAAGAACAAAGAUAGAGAGCUCUCGGUUCUUUGCGAUAUCUUCGUCUGCGUCAUUUGCUACGAUUCCGACGGCCAACUCUAUCACUGGCCGGAGAGACCCGAAGAUGUCCGUCGGAUCGCGGCGAACUACAGAGGUCUGAGCGAAGAAGACCGCCGGAAACACGCCGUAGAUUUGAAUGGGUUUUUGUCCUCGGAGGCUACCAAAGCUAAUCGCGCCAGCAAGAAGCCGAGACUCGCGCCGGCUUACCCAGAUUCUGAUGGGACGGUGGACAAUCUCUCACAUGACGAGCUUGGGGUUCUGCUGUCUCGAAUUGACGCCAAAUUAGUCCAAUUUCAGGAAAGACAGAGUCUUGUGAUGGAUCAUGGAGGAAGAACAGAAAAGGAUUUCGAGGGUCGGAACGAAGAUGUCGGAUCGGAGAAAUCGGCAACGGGCCCGCGGGGUGAAGAAAACACAGAUGAAAUCGACAUCUUUGGGGGUUUGGAAGAUUUGGAUUGUGGGUUUCAAGGAUUCGGCUUUGAGAGUUUCGGUGGUUCUUCGAUGUACAUUUGAAACUACACUGUAUACUCAGACAUGUAGAUUUAGGGUUUGCCAUAGUGAAAUUUCCCGUUUCUUCCAUACACUUCAA